ACCACUCUUUCACUUUCCUCUUGCAGAUCCCAGGAGGGUCUAAAAAAAUUAUCAAUAGGUGGUUGGAAUGAAACCUAUCUUGGUCGGAGCACCAAAUAUCAAGCGACAGUACUACCUGUCAUAAUAAUCGCUGGUCGUUUACAUCACUAGUGGUGCUUUCUUAUGGCACAAAUUGCCAGCAAUUCUUCAAACCAACCACCGAGAAUCUCACAGCUUCUUCCUACUGUAAAAUGCUCAAGCUGCUUGCAGCCAGUCCCGCUCGCUGAGCUCGGUGACCAUUCAUGUCCACCACAGCCUCCUCCUACCUUACUGUCCCUUCAGAAACCCCCCAUGUCCCCAAAAUCAACAAACUCUCUUCUACCACAGAGGUUACAGAAUAUUCUUGUUUCUAAUAGGGCCGGAGCGUUACAACAACAGCAACUCGCGACUUCCCGCACCCCGCCCCCUCAUGCUCCACUCAGGUCUUCCGAACAUGAUCCUUUUCAGCGAAUACCCCCAACUGUGCAUUAUAAUUCAGGUGCUCCUCGCAUCAACAGCCCGGCUAGUCCUCAAAUACCACAAUCUAUCCUUCUCAAUCGAGCAACAUCCAUUGAUAAACCCCAUGUUCAUUUUCCAACCCAAUCCGCUCCAGAACGCGUCACUACUCCCAUUCGAAUAGCAACUCCUCCCGUAUCCACUAGGACCCGUACUCCUUCGAAUACAACAAGCCCUAGUUCCAGAUCACCCCUUGGUGUGUCGUCUUUCCCCAAUCCUUUCGAAGGUGACCCACGUCGGUCGGGUGCAUCUGAGCCUAUAGUGGGCCGCUCAGGAACUGCAUCACCAGCUCGGAGAGAAAAUAUACCCGUCAUACCACAGGCACCGCCCCCAUCCUCCAGGACAAGAACGCCAUCAAAUACCCCUUCUCACACUUCCAUCAUUCCGCCGAGUCUCACUCCGCGUCCGUCAUUUGAUCGCUCACGUACAUCUACCCUUACAUCUAGGCCAUCACAGGACAAACCUCGCCCCUCUUUUGAUGCCACUGCUAGACCUUCGUUUGAUGCGCAACGUCCUUCCCUCGACGUAUCUCGACCUUACCAUCCUACCGAUGCGCGACUGCAGCCUGGGUCAAUCCCGCGUCCGCCCCACAGUCCUUCAACACUCCCUCCUUCACGGGGUGUGCCUUUUCCAUCGUCUGCUUCUGCACCACAACCACCACCCGCAACCCGCUCGCCAGUGCCAGAUAGCGAACGUAAUAUUGACACAAAAUGCGGAGGUGAGGCUGGUAUGGCCGGUGUUGGACGGAGAGGGUUUGCAGCUGUGACACGAGCUGCGAUGGUUGCUACAUCUCAAUCUCACCUGGACAGUCGUCGAACAAAUGCUCCCAAGUAUCUGGACCUCAACACUGCUAUGAACCAUGUCAUGCGAGCCGCAAUGACACCCCCGCUCUCUCCAAACUCGGGAUACUCUCAUUCACCCGUCUCUCCCCAUCCCGUGUCGCCAUUGUCGCUUCACCAUGCGACACCACUCACACCUCAUGACAAGGCUGGGACACAGUUCCUCUCAUCGUCCCCAAAUCAGAAACUCGCUCCUCUUUCGUCAUCCCCUGCUGAUAUCCAUAUUGUCACUCCAUCACGAUCGCCCUCGCCAAUUUCGAAUCCUUUCUCACGACGUCUCAGCGGGGAAACUGUGAAUCAAUCACCAUUUGCAGCUGUUGCUGUUCGCCUACCAUUUCUCGACGCAUUCGAUAAAGAACCUGUAAACCACGGUUGCGAUGAUUCUGACGAUGAGAGCGUGUAUACAACACAUACGGCCGAACCAGGGAAGGGUCGUAGAAGCGGUACAGCACCCAUGUCCCCGUCUGCUGAUUCAGAAGUGGGGUUGGCCUAUGCGGAUGAUUCUGACAACGACACACCUGUGGUAAUGCCACUCGAUAUUCGCAAGUCAAAUGUAGUAUCUGGGAUCAAUAAGGUCCAGUUUCCAAGUAUCGAAGAUAGGCAUCAGUCUUCCACGGUUCAGAAGCCGUCAUCGCGGAAGGCUUCGGCUUCGUCUGCUCAUGCUGCAUCUACCUCGCGAAUCAUUGAUGCAAGUUCUAGCCGUACGCGCAGCGCCUCAUCUGCCACCCACACGACAACGCGAUCUGCUGGAGCGUUGGAGCGUGCAAUGGAAACGCUAAUUGAGGAAGGUGCAUCUGUCUCGGUCCUCGCUUCAGGUUCAGUGCUUGCCUCAAUGACUGGGCCCUCCGGGGGUCGCGCUUCAGGAAAGCCCAUUCGGUCGAAUACAGUACCAGGCCCUGCGUCACCGGAAAGCAGACCACCAAAGCUACCAGCGCGGUCCUAUACAAGCCCGCACCAUCCCCAUAUUCAUUCCGAGCCCGUAGGUGUAGCAGGCCAAGUCGGGCGAGUACGGGAACGGUCUAAUACAAAGAAGGACCGCAUCUGUGCGAGCUGCGAUACGAAGGUCAACGAUGGGAGGUGGAUUCAGAUGGACGGUGGGAAUAUCUUGUGUGAGCGAUGCUGGAAGAACAUGUACCUUCCCAAGUGCCGCCGGUGUAACCUUCCUAUUGAGAAGCAGGCUGUGUCGUCUUCCGACGGUCAACUAAAAGGCAAAUAUCACAGGAAUUGUUUCAACUGUCACGUCUGUCAGAAACCCUUCCCAGAUAAGGAAUUCUACGUGUUUGAUGGCAAACCGCUAUGUGCAUACCACUACCAUGAGGCAAACGACUCCCUCUGUGCCGCAGCCUCAUGUGGCCAGCCAAUAGAGGGUCCUUGCGCAGUCACUCAUGCUGGAAAGCGGUACCAUCCAGAUCAUCUUCUUUGUGAGUUUGAGAAUGGCUGCAGGGAGCGGUUGGCAGAGUAUUGGGAGGUAGAUGGGCAGAUGUUGUGUGAGAAACACGCUCCAUUAGCUGGGGGCAGUAGCUGUGCCUCUUCGAGAGGCAAUAGUCCUGAUCCGCAACGCAUACGUGACGAGGGGCGUGCGAGGAGGCGUAUGACGCGAUUCAUCGACCUCGGGGUUGUGGAAGAGGAGGACGUCGACAUCCGGUGAACAUGAUGAUGGACCUUGACAUAUGCAUUAAUCUUAUUCUUCAUUUUCUUUCUUUCUUUUUCCUGGACCAUUAGCAAGUGUACUCUCACAUCUUACACAGGUUAUAUUACCCCUUCAUUCUCUUGCAGUCGAUAUACCGCAUAUUUUUUCUUGAUACCAUUUUUAAGGGACUAUAUCAGACAUGGACAUCUUCUCCAUCUUGUCCGUUGUCCAGCAUUAGGAUCUAGUUAAUAGUUAAUAGCCAUACAUCUAGCUGCAUCACAAUUCAUGUACUUGCACUGCAGAUAGAAAUUGUCAAUUUUACGAUUGACGCGUAGU